UCAUCUCUUUUCCUUUUAGGACUCUCUCCCUAAAGCCCAGAUGGAAGUGCUCACAUUUCCUGACUCCCACCAUGGUCUCAGAAGACAGAAGAGAGACUGGGUUAUCCCUCCCAUCAGCUGCACAGAAAAUGACAAAGGGCCAUUUCCUAAGAAUCUGGUCCAGAUCAAGUCUAAUAAAGACAAAGAGACACAGGUUUUCUACAGCAUCACUGGCCAAGGAGCUGACGCACCCCCCGUCGGUGUGUUUAUUAUUGAAAGGGAGACAGGAUGGCUCAAGGUGACGCAGCCUCUGGAUAGAGAAGCAAUUGCCAAGUACACACUCUUGUCUCACGCUGUGUCUUCCAACGGGAAUGCAAUUGAGGAUCCGAUGGAGAUUGUGAUCACAGUGACAGAUCAGAAUGACAACAGGCCUGAGUUCACCCAGGCGGUCUUUGAGGGGUCUGUCAAGGAAGGUGCUCUCCCAGGAACCCCCGUGAUGCAGGUCUCAGCCACGGACGCAGAUGAUGAAGUGAACACCUACAACGCUGCCAUCGCUUACAAGAUCAUCAGCCAAGAGCCUAAUCAGCCUCAUGAGCAAAUGUUCACCAUCAACAAGGAAACAGGAGUCAUCAGCGUGCUCACGACCGGGCUGGACCGUGAGAAGUUUCCCAACUACUCUCUGGUGAUUGAAGCUGCUGACCUUCAAGGUGACGGCUUAAGCACAACUGCGAAAGCUGUGAUCACGGUCCUUGACAUCAAUGACAACGCUCCGGAAUUUGACCCAACCACGUACCAGGGGCAGGUUCCUGAGAACGAGGCUGAUGCCGUCAUCGCUACGCUCAAAGUGACGGAUGCCGACCUCCCCAGAACCCCUGCGUGGGAGGCCGUGUACACUGUAAUAAACGACGACGGCCAAUUUGUUGUCACCACAGACCCAGUAACCAACGAUGGCAUUUUGAAAACGGCUAAGGGCUUAGAUUUUGAGGCCAAGCAGCAGUAUAUUCUCUACGUGACAGUGAAGAAUAAGGUCGACUUUGACGUCGCUCUGUCUACUUCUACAGCCACGGUCACUGUGGAUGUGAUGGAUGUGAACGAAGCCCCCAUCUUCAUGCCUCCCCAAAAGAGAGUGGAGGUGCCCGAAGACUUUCCGGUGGGACAGGAAAUCACAUCGUACACUGCCCAGGAUCCAGACACGUUCAUGGACCAGAAGAUAACGUAUCGGAUUUGGCGGGAUACUGCCAACUGGCUGGAGAUUAACCCGGACACCGGUGCCAUUUCCACCCGGGCUGAGAUGGACAGAGAGGACGUUGAUCACGUGAAGAACAGCACGUACACGGCCCUCAUUAUAGCUACUGACAAUGGUUCUCCACUUGCUACUGGAACGGGAACCCUUCUCCUGAUCCUCUCCGAUGUGAAUGACAAUGCCCCUGUACCAGAACCUCGAAUUUUGGAAUUCUGCCAGAGGGAUCCACAGCCUCAUAUCAUCAACAUCGUUGACCCAGAUCUUCCCCCCAACACAUCGCCUUUCACAGCAGAACUAACUCACGGGGCAAGUGUCAACUGGACCAUUGAGUACAAUGACCCAGAACGUGAAUCUAUCAUUAUGAAGCCAAAGAAAACCUUAGAUUUGGGUGACUACAAAAUAAACCUCAGGCUGGAAGAUAACCAGAACAAAGACCAGGUGACCACCUUAGAAGUGUAUGUGUGUGACUGCGAAGGGGCCGUCAGCAGCUGUAAGAGGAACGCAGCCAUUGUCGAAGGUGGAUUGCAGCUUCCUGCCAUCCUGGGGAUUCUUGGAGGCAUCCUUGCUUUGCUAAUCCUGAUUCUGCUGCUGCUGCUGUUUGUCCGGAGGAGGCGGGUGGUCAAAGAGCCCUUACUGCCCCCGGAGGAUGACACCCGGGACAACGUGUAUUACUAUGAUGAAGAAGGAGGUGGGGAAGAGGACCAGGACUUUGACCUGAGCCAGUUGCACAGGGGCCUGGAUGCUCGGCCGGAAGUGACUCGCAAUGAUGUGGCGCCAACCCUCCUGACUAUGCCCCAGUAUCGGCCCCGCCCUGCCAAUCCCGAUGAAAUUGGAAACUUCAUUGAUGAAAAUUUGAAGGCGGCCGACAGCGACCCCACGGCUCCCCCUUACGACUCUCUGCUCGUGUUUGAUUACGAAGGAAGUGGUUCCGAAGCUGCUAGUCUGAGCUCCCUGAACUCCUCGGAGUCAGACCGAGACCAGGACUAUGACUACCUGAAUGAAUGGGGCAAUCGCUUCAAGAAGCUGGCAGAUAUGUAUGGCGGUGGCGUGGAUGAUUAGGGGACUCAAGGCAGAUGAGGAGAGAGAUGGGUCUCUAUACUCGUGUGCUGGGAAAUGUAGGAAUAAUUUUUCUGGAGGUCUUUCAGCUCCCCUUAUGUGAGAUGAAUAUCUGGGGAAGAGAGACUGAUCAGUGAUGCCGCUAGGGUAGUUAUAAUUUUCACUUUGUAGAUCUAAUCUGUGUGUUAGAACGAUUUUGACUAUUCCUUGAGUCCUUUCUUUCUCUCAUCACUCUUUACAAGCUUGCAACUUGCAGAUUUUUUUUAAGGGCGUGUCUCAUUUUUAAAAGGAAGGCGUGGGGUUGAAUGCCCUAUUGUUUUUAUAUACAUAAAAUUUAAUUUUUAAUUUUUUUUUAUCCUAUCACUGCACGGGUGUCCCAUGUUCCAGUAUCCACUCUCACUCCUCAAUUUACGUUACCCCAGACAGGACUUCUGUGAGGCAGAAACUAUUAGGCCCUUUUAGGGUAAGAGGCUAUGUCUUAGUCUGGCCAUAUUGUGACUGGGUAUUGUAUACUCUUAAGGUCUUAAACAGUUCUCUUUUUUCAUCUCCUAAGUGUGUAACUUGAAAUGGACAUCUACCCAUUUACUUGUUCUGAGUCAGAAUGUUUGUUAUGUGAAUGUCCUUAUGGGGUACUUUGGUUCUAAACAAGGAGCCUUGAUCAGAAACAGCGGGAGUUUUCAGGUGCCACUUAACUUUUUAAUGUUUAUCGAAAAAACUUAAAAGAGACUGAAGUAUUUCGAGACUCGGAACAGUGCCGAAAGUGUGGCAGCCAAAGAGAGAAGAUGGCUUUUCACCGCUGAUGGAAAACAUGAGAAGUGGGCUUGGAGAUGGCAGGAGAAAUUGUCGUGGAGCCUGGCAAUUUAGCAAACUGAGGCCGAGAAUGGUUGACAUGGCUUUACCUCUAGCCCUGAAAAUUCUGGAAAAAAAUGGGAAGAAUCUCAACAUGUGUUUCCUACCCAGAUCUCAAGACCAUGGUCCAUAGACUCCCCAAGUGCUUGCUUCUGUUGAUGUCCACAGGAAGUCGUGGCUGAUCUGGACACGUAUGUCCCCAAAUCUGAGAAGACAGAAUAUUAGGAACUCCAAUUUUUUUUUCCUGGGGGUAAGGAGAACCUCGAUUGAGAUAUUCUCUUAGAUGAGAUGCGACUAUCAAAAACAUUUGACAACCACAGAAAAUUGCUUACUGUCUAUCAACUGUUUUUCGAAGGAAAAAAUCAUCCCUGCAACCACUUCUUGGAAUUGUCUUGAUUUUUUAAGCAAUUUAAACUCUAAUGUAGUUCUGUAUAGACAGUCACUAUAGUUUUGAGUGUAUAUGUGUGCGGGUGCUGAUAAUUUCUAUUUUCUUUGGGGAUGGAAAAACAAUUCAGGCUGAUAAAACAUAUUCCUAAAUAUUCAUUUUUAUAAAUUUUAUUAAAGAAUUUUGUUAAAUCAUU